AUGACUGGAUCUUUUCCUUCAAAUUUCCAAGGGGAGGUUUGGGUUCCAGAUGACAAAACAACAUUUAGAAAGGGACAAAUUAUUGAUUACAUUGAGGAUGGCAAGAAGUGUAAGGUGCAGUUGGAUGGAUCAUCAGAUGUUAAUGUUUAUGACUGUGACAAAGUUGAAAAAUGCAACCCUCCGGCCUUUACAAAGUGUGACGAUAUGGCAUCUUUGACAUACUUAAACGAGCCAUCAAUUUUGCACAAUUUGAAGUUGAGAUACAAGGAUGACAACAUAUACACUUACUCUGGUCUUUUUUUAGUUGCUAUUAAUCCCUACAAGACACUGAAUAUAUACAACAAAGACUUCAUCAAACUGUACCGCAAUUCCGUGAAGAAAGAUACACCAUCUGAAAGCGACUUAUACUGCGAAACUACAACUGUGAGAAGCUCAAUGAAACCUCAUAUUUUUUCUGUUGCUGAGGAGGCAUACCAGAACUUACUCAGUGACAGUCAGGAUCAAAGCAUUCUUGUUACAGGAGAAUCCGGUGCCGGUAAAACUGAAAACACAAAAAAAGUGAUACAGUACAUUCUUGGUGUUUCUACAAGCGAGAACAAUAGGGAGAAGGCCAUGAAAUUAGAAACCCAGAUUAUGCAAGCAAACCCAAUUCUUGAAAGUUUUGGUAAUGCUACUACUGUGAGGAACUUGAACUCCUCCAGAUUCGGAAAAUUUGUCAAGGUUAACAUUUUGACUGCCUCAAAAGAGAUUAGUGGGUCCCACAUUGAUUGGUAUCUAUUGGAAAAGUCACGUGUUGUGAUGCAGGAGCCAGGGGAACGAAAUUAUCAUGCAUUUUACGAACUGUUAUCGGGAGCCUCUAACUCACUAUUGAAGAAACUUGACCUCUCGCGCUCAAUUGGAACAUAUAAUUACCUCAGAAAGGAGAAAUUAAUUAGUAUAGAUGACAAGCAUGAAUUUGAAAAUUUAGAGCAGGCAUUUGGUACUAUGAACUUUGGUGAGUCUGACAAAUUGAACGUUUACAACAUUUUAUCUGUGAUCCUCCAUCUUGGUAACAUCACUUUCAGAAACCCUCCAAAUGAUAACAGACAAGCUAUUAUGGCCGAUAAUUCAGAGCCAUUAGUGACUAAGAUAGCUGAACUUCUUUCAGUUUCCGGCCCUGAACUCAAAGCGGCAUUUCUCAAAUCUAGGGCCAAGGCUGGAAGAGAGAUCAUUGUCCAAAAUAGAACAGCCAGUCAGGCUAAGUUUGCGAUUGAUGCCCUCUCGAAAGGUUUGUAUGAAAGAUUAUUCCAGUACUUGGUUGACAAGAUCAACGAGACAUUUGACAACAACCGUCUUUUUACCAUGGAGAAGUCGAACUACAUCGGUAUUUUGGAUAUUGCAGGGUUUGAGAUCUUUAAAAAGAACUCGUUUGAACAACUCUGUAUUAACUAUACAAACGAGAAGCUCCAGCAGUUUUUCAAUCAUCAUAUGUUCGUAUUGGAACAAAGUGAGUACUUAAAGGAAGGAAUAAGUUGGCAGUAUAUUGACUUUGGCCAAGAGUUGAAACCAACCAUUGAACUUAUUGAAGGCUCGAAGAAUAAGAAAUGCAGUAUCUUUUCAAUAUUGGAUGAGGAGUGCAUUGUUCCUAAAGGUACAGAUGAUUCAUUUUUGGAAAAAUUAUUCCAUGAAUUGGAAACAAGAGACAAGAAGACCGACAAGAAAAAGCUUAGCUUCAAGCCAAACAAGGUCCGGGAUGGAUUCGUUGUCAAGCACUAUGCUGGUGAGGUUUCUUACUUUGUUGAUGGCUGGCUGGAUAAAAAUAAAGAUCCUUUAAGCAGUACAGUCGUGGAUUUACUGGCUCACUCAAAGAACACAUUUGUGUCCGAUCUUUUUGACUCUCCAGAAUUAUUACAGUCCAAUCUAUCAAACUCUCCUGUGAAAGGUGGAAGACAGAGAAAAUCAGCUAGAUUUAGAACUGUUGCUCAAAGACAUAAGGAGCAGUUGGGUGAUUUAAUGACACAACUUUCUCAUACGCACCCACAUUUCGUUCGUUGCAUUCUACCAAACAGCAAUAAAAAACCGGGAGAGUUUAAUAAUAGGUUAGUUUUGGAUCAGCUAAGAUGUAAUGGUGUGUUAGAGGGAAUAAGAAUUGCCAGAUCUGGUUAUCCUAACAGAGUUUCGUUUGAACAGUUUGCAAAGCAUUAUGCAAUUUUGUCGAAGAGGACGGUGGACAAAAAGUCCAAUUACAAAAACAUAUGUGAGCUUAUUCUGAAAGAUCUGGACCUAAAUGAAGAGGUUUAUAAAAUUGGUAUCACCAAGCUUUUUUUCAGAAAUGGUGUGUUGGCCUCAAUUGAAAAGGUGAAGCAGGAGAAACUUGAUCGGACAAUUACAGACAUCGAGGCUAUUGCUAGAGGUAUCAUAUCAAGAAGAAGCCUUAUGAAAAAAAUUGCCGAAUAUAGGGCCUCGAAAGUGAUUUUACAAAACCUUAAAUCGUACAAUAAGAUUGCUCAGGAUCCAUGGUUCAAACUUAUAAUGCAAUUGAGACCUACUUUAUCUGAUUCCAGCGCUGUGGAAUCACACUAUAUUGAAAAGAUGCAGGCUCUUGAAACAAAGGUCACGGAGCUUACGUCACAAGUUCAAGGAGAAUUAAAGUCCAAGGAGGAUCUCCAAAAGAAGUAUGAUUCAUUGAGUACAUCGGUAUCAGGCGACAGAGACCUUUUAAAGGAUAAGGAUGAGAAGCUUGCAAAGACUCAAAAGCAGAUAGUUCAACUUGAAAAGGAUAUUCAGGCAAAGAAAGAAAAGUUGGACGAGUUGCUUCAAAACCAGAAACGUACUGAUGAUAUCGAGGAGAAGAGGCAGAAACUAGAAAGUGAACUUCUGAACCUGAAAAAUAAAUACGAGUCUAAGAAGAUGGAUUCUCAGAAAGUGAAGAAGGAGUUGGAAUCUUUGAAGAAUAGUAUCAAGGAAAAGGAGGAUAUCAUUUUACGAACGAAGAAGAAGUUAUCGGAAAAUAAAAUGAAUCUUGACAAAUCACUCAAGGAGACGAAAUCACGUCUUUCCACACUUUCUGAAGAGAACACGAAGCUAAAAAAUCUUAUGGGUAUAAAAGAGUCAUCAAUCAAGGAGUAUAGAAGCCAGGUUCAGGGAAAGGAUGCCGAAUUGGUCAAAUUGAAAGCAGAUUUCGAUAAGAUUAAAUCACAACCAGCGCAGAAGAAGGUCGUCAAAGAGUUAGCGGAUCUGAAGAAAAGUUACAAGCAGCUGAAUCAUGACUUUAAAGAAACCAAGAACUUACUUGACAGUAAAAUUAGAGAAGAGAUUGACUUUGAUAAGGGGAAACAGAAAUAUGAUAAAGAAAUAUCCGAUCUGAGAGAACAUCUUAAUGGUUUGAAACAGGAGCUCUCUCUUGAAAAGAAGCUCACACAAGAGCUUCAGGAGGAAUUGAACGAUCAAAAGACUGAAAACGAGAGCUUAAUGAUGGAGAAGAAAAAGCACGAUGUUAAGUUGGCCGAAUAUAGUUUUAAACUUUCUCACGAUCAAAGUAAGAAACCUUUAAAGGAAGCUCAUUCGAUGGAUGAGGAUUCCGAACAGAUACAGGACGAAAUUGAAAUGCUUCAAACAAGAUUGGCUGCCGAAUCAUAUGAAAAUAGACAAUUGAGAGCAAAAUUGAGAAAGGCUUCAUCAGCUCCAUCGUCUGCCAGAUCUUCAUUGAUUGAAAGUAGAAGAUCAUCAAUUCACUCAAUGGGUUCUCUCUCGUCUACAAAGUCUGCUGAUAACAUUCCACCAUCUAAGGAACUACUUUUGGAACGUGCAGCCAACAAACGUCUAGAGAGAUUGAAUGUUGAACUCCAAAGACAGCUCCUUCUCAACAAAAACAGUAUUCGCAAAGCUGAAGGGCUCAAGCCUCUCGAGGAUGAUUUCAAGGUGAAGUACCAGUUGGCACAGCUGAAGAUUCAGAAUUUACAAGAGCGGUUGGUCCAAGGCCAAGAAAAUUCUACAGUGCCACCAUCAUUACCAUUGCGUAACGUUGAUAAGGAAGAGAUAAACAAUGAGAACAUAUUGAAUGGAUCCACUUUGGAUAAAUCAAGCAAGCAGUCUCUCCUAAUGAGACAGGAGAAUUUGCGGCUUAGUGCUAGAUUGAACGAACUGCAAACUAAGUUGAAGAGAUUGCAGGUUACCAGCAGUUCAACAUUUAUCCAACAGGAGGAGUUGGCCAAGCUAAAGUCCAGGGUUGUUAUUAUAGAUGGUAAGAAUAAGUCGUUACAAGAAUCUAUAGACUUCUAUAAGACGCGUGCGGAGAACUAUUAUAACAAGAUUGAAGCUGCUGAGGUGGCUGUUCAAAGUGCAAAAAGAGCACAGUCAAUGACUGAGGAUGAGCUUGAGCACACAAAACAACAGCUUGAUGUUGCUAGAAAGGAGUUCAAGGAGUCGGAUGCAAAUGUUGCCCAACUUGCUACAAAAAUCAGAGAUAUUGAGAAGGAGCUUUCCGAUAGGACAUUUGAGUUGAAGAAAGUGAAAGAAGCAUAUGAUGCUUUGAAGGAUAAAUAUGAGAAUAGUGAAGAGCUUAGAGCCUCAACAACAUCUUUGCAGAGCGAAUCACGAGAUAAAGAACUGAGUAUGCUCAAUAAAAGCCUCAUCGGUUCCAUGAACAAAGAAACGGAACUUCGAAAGCAGGUGAAAAAUAUUAUGAUUCAGAUGGAAAUUGCAAAGAAAGAGACCCAGUCACUCAAGUUCUCGAAUGUCGAGCUUUCUAAGGAAAAGGAUGGUUUAUCUAAGCAGUUGAAGGAGUGCAUGGUUAAAAGAGAUAUGCUUGCAAGGGAAAGCAAAGAGUACUCUAUGAAGGUUACAGACUUGACAUCACAAACUAAGGCAUUAAAGACUGCAAAUGAAAACUUAUCAAGGGAAAGAGACGAUCUAUUGAAGUCGAAAAAGAUGCUUGAGAAGAAGGUGGAGGAAAUUUCAGCCGAGUUUGAAAAGCACCUUGAGAAGACCAAGAAAGAUGCGUCAAACGCUGUUAGUGUUGUUCAGCUUCGUGAUGAGUUGAAGGAAUCUAAAAGUAAGAUUUCUAGUUUGAGCAAGAGGCUUUCUGAAUACCAGAAGAGAGCACAUGGUGCGACAGACACUGCUAAGAAGAUGAAGAAGGAGGCAUUGAUGAUUAUCGAGGAAAACAAGGCUCUCACGAAGUACAAUGCUAACUUGAGAUCAAAGAUUGAAGAUGCAGAGAGUAAGUACAAUGAGCAAUUGCAGACCCAGAACCAGCAUUGGACCAAGAGAGUACAGGAACUUGAAGAUAAGUUAUACAUGAGUAAUGCAACGAAAAGAGACGAUGAACAGAAGGUGUUUAAUCUUCAGAGAACAAUUAAGGAUCUCGAACAGCAUAGCACAAUGCAAAACUCAUCUAUUAAAAGAUAUACCGAUCAGGUCGAUUACUUACAAAAGACGGUCGAUCGGAUGGACUCAAAGCUUUCCGAAAUGCAGAGGAAGGAUGCUGAAAACGUGUUGAGCCUUAAACGUGCAAGAAGGCAAGUUGAGGAGUCUAAGGAGAAGGCAUUAAUGAUGGAAAAGGAAUUACUUCAGUGGAAGAUGGAUGGUGUUUCGGCAUAA